UGUUUGGUCCACCAUGUGGACGCUAGCUAUUAUCCAAAUGUGACUUACAAGCGAGAAACCCACUAGCACUCACAUGCACAGUCGACUUAUUUAUAUAUAUAUGUUGCUUUUUAUCACAUAAAGCUCGUUAGGAACAGAAUGUGUUCUAAGUUUGAUAUCGGCUCCUUGAGCAUAGUAAUGACUCUGCUUCUCUGCUUCUUAUUAUUAUCUUUGGCACCAAAACUUGAGGCCAAGCUCGCAACGGUCGAACAUGCUCCAAACCCUGAUGGCUCUAUCAGUUUUCUGGUGAUUGGAGAUUGGGGUAGGCGUGGACUCUACAACCAAUCCCAAGUUGCCCUCCAGAUGGGGAGAAUUGGGGAGGAGAUGGAUAUCAAUUUUGUGGUAUCCACGGGUGAUAACAUCUACGAUAACGGGAUGAAAAACAUCGAUGAUCCCGCCUUUCAACUCUCCUUCAGUAAUAUCUACACUUCUCCUAGCCUGCAAAAGCCUUGGUACCUUGUAUUGGGGAAUCACGACUAUAGAGGAGAUGUUGAGGCACAAUUGAGUCCUAUCCUCAGAUCUAUGGACAGCCGUUGGAUUUGCAUGAGAUCUUUCAUCGUUGACGCUGAGAUCGCAGAGCUCUUUUUUGUCGACACAACUCCUUUUGUAGAUGCUUAUUUCCUCAAUCCACAAGACCAAACUUACGACUGGAGCGGUGUAUCACCGCGAGAAUCCUAUCUUCAGACCAUCUUAACGGAGUUGGAGAUGGGUCUAAGAGAAUCAAGAGCAAAAUGGAAAAUUGUGGUGGGUCACCAUGCUAUAAAGAGUGCUUCCAUUCAUGGGAAUACCAAAGAGCUUGAAUCUCUCCUCUUACCCAUCCUUGAGGCGAAUAAAGUCGAUCUCUAUAUGAAUGGUCAUGAUCAUUGCUUGCAACAGAUAAGCACAUCUCAAAGUCCAAUUCAGUUUUUAACGAGUGGUGGUGGGUCAAAGGCAUGGAGAGGCUAUUAUAAUUGGACAACACCAGAGGAUAUGAAAUUUUUCUACGAUGGACAAGGUUUCAUGUCAGUUAAAAUCACUAGAUCAGAAAUGAGUGUCGUUUUUUAUGAUGUCUUCGGCAACAUUUUGCACAAAUGGGACACAUCAAAAAUGUUAGACACAGAUUUUUAUUUCCCAUUGUAAUUCACAUGGAAAUCAAUAUUGAAGCACAUAAAAUUCUACAUAUCAAAUAUAACUCUUAUGAGUGGCUCCAAAAAUUUAAGUAAAAUCUGAAAGAAAUACAUGAAGGCCAUGCAGAUUUAUGGGAUUUAUCACAGCUUGUUUAGCUAAA